AUGGGAGCGCACAACGUCAACUACAAACCAAAUGAGAAGAAGCUCGCUUAUGUGCGUAAAGCCUACGAAGAGGCUACAGUAUUCGUCACAAUCUGCGGAGGGAUACAGUCGGCACUGGAAGCCAGGGUUCUCAAGGGGAAAUCAGCGAUCGCACCGCGAGUUUUGCUUCCCAUGGCUCAACAGCUGUCUCCUGAUACCGAGUGGUACGAAAAGCGCUGGCAUAGGGAUGGGAAACUCUGGACCAGUGGAGCAUUGCUGAACGAGGUUGAUCUCAGGUACGCCUUUGUCAACGAAAUUUGGGUAGGAAAAGGGAGUUUGAUUUGA